GGUUACGGUGCCCUGGAGGAUAUCGAUCAUGCCAUUGUCAGCCUUUUGUGCAAACAUUUUGGUCAGGGCACAAUCGAAUAUUAUAUGAGAGAAGAAGAGAACAGGGGCGCGAAGACGGAAGACGGGAGUGGCAACGACGACAGGGAAUACAUGAUCGAUGUAAUGGACAGGAUGUUCUGUCAUGCCGCACACCGCACGAGCAGCGGCGCACCCGCGGCAUGGUGUUCAGGUUGGCAUCCUCCUCCUCCACCGCCUCCUCCUUCACCUUCACCUUCACCUUCACCUUCGCCUUCACCACCACCUACCACUCCACUUACUCCUCCUAUAACUUUGCAGGGGGAACUUGGGGAAGAGCCAGUCGCACCAACCGCAGAACAACAACCACCAGCAGACGAACAGAACCCCCAAGAAGACCGACAAUCAAAACCAAGAAGCAGACCCAUCUCCUCACAGCUCAGGAGAUGGAUCGCAUUCUUCCUCUGCCGCUCCCACCAGCAAGAAAUCCACGACACCCAAGAAACCGAACGCCAACGAAAGCAACGCGAAGCAGAAGAAGACGCCUCCCGCCACACGCUCAUCAAAGUCCAGCUCUACCGCGACUCCUUCCCGCUCCGAACAUGGAACCACCCCCUCAACGCCGUCCCGCGCGCCGCCGUCGAGCAGGCCAUCCUGUCCUUGGGCCUCCCCCCCGCCUCCCAGCCGGCAGAGAACCUAGUCGAGGCCCACCUGCGUCGGAUCUACCGCGCCGACUACCUCGUCUCGACCCUCGGCCUCGCGCGACCGGGCGGGAUGACGUGCCACGAGUUUGAUUUCGGGAGGUGGCGGCGUAAGCGCUUCGGGCUGUGGAAGGAGUGGAAGCGGACCCCCGAGAUCGAGGCCCGGGACGUGGAGAUGGCUGGCGUUCGGGUGAGGUUUUGCGACGUGGAUGCUUUGAGGGUCGUGGUGGGAGUUGCUGGGCUUUGGGGGCCCCCUGCUACGUGCGACGACACGGCGAAGAAGGGCCCGGGAUCCGAGGACGGGAUGGACUUUAUCGCGCGUCUUCCGAGGGAUUAUAUUGUUGCAUCGAUUGUCGAAUCUGGGAUCUUGAGGGGGGAGUGGCAGAAGUGGAUGGAGAAAAUGAGGGAUGUGCUUUCGGUUGUGGACGAGGAAAGCCAUGUUGACGUUGUCAGCGACGUGAGGAGAGCGUUGUGGUUGUGAAGUUUGACAAGGAGCUUGAGACGACGGGACUUGAGUUGGAUGUAAAGGAUGAGGUACCCAUAUGUGUCAAGACUCC